UCUAGGAAUAAAUAUUGUUACUAGAAAGCAAAUUUUCUUAUUGGAUGUCGGUUUUGGUAAACAGAACGAAGCAUGCGAUCUGUCAAACGUCGAACACUGAAGAAUACAAUCUGUCACGAUUUGUAAUAAUCGGUAAUAAUCGUUUUGUCAGUCACAUCAACACGUUAAAAAAAUGUCGGCGAUGUUAACCGCCGAUUGGUUUCCUCUGGGACGAGACGUGUACUUUCGAAAGUUCGAGCUAUAUCCAUUAUCUUUCCAGCAUGAGAUUUCCAGCAACAAUUUAUUAGUAGCAGCUCCUUAUGGAGGUUCCAUCGCUGUAACGAGAAAUCCCAAGAAACUUGUCAAAGUCCAAGGAGCCAGUAAGCCUUUGAUAUUGCUGUAUACGUCGUCAGGAAAAUUGACAGCCAAGUUACAAUGGAGCAGUGGACAACUGAUAUCCUUUGGCUGGUCUCAACAAGAAGAAUUGCUGUGUGUACAAGAUGAUGGCAUGGUUCUUAUAUAUGACAUGUUUGGAAAUUAUCAACAUACUUUUAGCAUGGGAAAUGCUGCCAAGGAUACUAAAGUUGUCGAUGCCAAGUUCUUUACAACAUCUAAUAGCACUGGCAUAGCUGUUUUAACAUCUACCAAUCGUAUAUUUUUAGUAAACAAUGUAUCCGAGCCAAAAGUCCGACCAAUCACUGAUAUGCCAAGAUAUGGCCAGAUUGAUUGUUGGUGUAUGGUACAUUGUGAUAGAGAGACACAAGUGAUUUUGUCAAAUAGAGAAGGGAUAUUUAUAAUUCAUCAAUCUUAUCAGACCACUGUUUUAUUUGAUAAUCUCUUUAGAGAUAAAAUCAAUAGCGUAGUAAUGAUAGCUGUAUCCAGCAAUAAUCGACAUAUCGCACUCUGCUCUGAUACUGGACAUUUGUACAUUGGUUCGAUAGACUUCAGAGAGAAAUAUUGCGAAUGCUAUAUAGACUUGAAAGAACCUUUAGUAAAUGUAGCCUGGUGCGGUACAGAAGCUGUGGUAUGCAGUUGGAGUAGUACAAUAAUGGUAAUAGGACGUAAAGCUGAUACCAUAGUGUACAAUUAUGAUGGUCCAGUACAUCUGGUUACGGAAAUUGAUGGAGUACGUGUACUAUCGAGCAACUCCCACGAAAUGAUACAAAAAGUACCAAAUGUUGUACAGAGAAUAUUUAGAAUCAACUCGACUGAUCCUGCUUCCUAUCUCCUGGAAGCUUCCAAACAGUUUCAAAAGAAAAGCCACAAAGCUGACAGUUACAUAGAUUUAGUAAAGGACAAGUUAGAUUCGGCGAUAAAAGCGUGCAUCGAUGGUGCGAGUCACGAAUUCGAUUUCGAAACACAAAAAAUUCUGAUGAGGGCUGCCAAGUUUGGGAAAGGAUUCAGCAAAACAAUGAAUUCGGAAUAUUAUGUUCAAAUGUGCAGGACUUUGAGGGUCUUGAAUGCAGUGAGGCAUCCUGCUGUGGGUAUUCCAUUAACAUAUACGCAAUUUAAUAUUCUUACAAGUCAAGUGUUACUAGACCGGUUGGUAGUACGGAGACAUUAUUAUUUAAGCAUACAAAUAGCACGACACUUGCAGCUACCCGAGAUCGACGGGGAAAGUAGAAUAUUAGCACAUUGGGCUUGUUAUAAGGUGAAACAAACACAGUUAGACAAAGAACAGAUAGCAGAAGAGAUUGCUGAUAAAUUAGGAUAUGCUCCUGGUGUUUCGUAUAGCGAAAUUGCAAAAAGAGCAGCGGAUUGUGGACGAAAACAGUUAGCCAUUAAAUUAAUUGACUACGAACCACGUGCGCAUCAACAAGUACCUUUGCUGUUAACACUUGGCGAGGAACGUGCUGCUUUGCAUAAAGCCGUGGAAAGUGGCAAUACGGAUUUAGUUUAUACCGUUAUUCUUCAUCUCAGAGAAAACAUGACUCUCGGAGAUUUCCAAAUGUCUAUAAUGCAUUGUCCUCUCGCAAUGGCAUUAUAUAUCAAAUACUGUCAAAGUCAUAAUAGAGAAACGUUGCGUGACAUUUACAAUCAAUACGAUGAUUUUCAUUCACAAGCAGUAUGGUUUAUCACCGAGAGUUAUCAACGAAAAAAUACGAUGUCGAGAGAUGCAUUAUUGCAAUCUGCUCAGGAAAAUUUUAGAUUGGCUCGUAAUGAUAUAAAUGCGUCGUUAACAGAAGAACAGAUAAAACUGUUGAAAUAUCAAAGAUCCCUAGAAGAUACGUUACAUGAAUCGGUUGUGGGAAAACCUCUGCAUGACACUGUGAAAGUAUUAUUGCUACGUAACGAAUUGAAAUUGGCGGAUAAACUACGAUCAGAAUAUAAAAUACCAGAUCGAAGAUAUUGGUGGUUAAGAAUACAAUGCCUAGCGGAACAAGGCUUAUGGAAUGACUUAGAAAAAUUUUCCAAAAGUAAAAAGUCUCCCAUUGGUUAUGAGCCAUUCAUAGAUGAAUGCCUGAAGUAUAAUGAAAAGUUAGAAGCAAGAAAAUACUUAGCCAAAGUUAAAGAUGAUCUCAAAGUAAAGUAUUUAGUGAAAUUGAAUUUGCUUAGCGAAGCUGCACAAACAGCAUAUGAACAAAAGGAUAUUGCAGCUCUCACAUUCGUGCUGGCGCAAUGCGGGACAUCAGAUAGACAAUUCGUAGAUAAGGUCAAUAUGUUGCUAGCUAGUCUUAAAAAUUAAGAUUUUUCUAAUCCGGUUUACAAGGUAUAUUUAUAUAAAAUUUA